CUGAAACAAAAUGUUUUGUUUUUAAAUUUUGUAGAGAUGGGGUCUUGCUGGGUUGCCUGGACUUGUCUCGAGCUCCUGGGCUCAAGGAAUCCUCCCGCCUCGGCCUCCCCAAAGUGCUGGGAUUACAGGUGUGAGCAAUUUAGAUGUGCAUCUGACCGUGUGCGAAACUGUUCUAAAAGCUAACAAAAUAGGUGCAGCUUUUAUCCAGGGGUAACCGGAUUAAACAUUGAUAAAUGGCACCAUUUGUACUUGCUACAGGAAAAUGUAAAAAGGCCAGAAACAUGGAAAGUUCUCUUCGUAAAAUAGCUUUGAAAUUCAAAGAAAAUUGUAACAUUAAGAGCCAUUUGGCGGGGUGUGAUUGCUCACACCUGUAAUCCCAGCGCUUUGGGAGGCGAGGUGGGCAGAUCACUUGAAGCCAGGAGUUUGAGACCAGCCUGGUUAACGUGACAAAACCCCAUCUCUACUAAAAACACAAAAAUUAGCUGGGGUUGGUGGCACGCAUCUGUAGUUCCAGCUACUUGGGAGGUUGAGGCACGAGAACUGCUUGAACGUGAGAGUCAGAGGAGGUUGCGUUGAGCCGAGAUAGCACCACUGCACUCCAGCCUGGGUGACAGAGUGAGACUCUCCCCCCACUCCCCAAAAAAGAGAAUCAUAUAGAAAAACUUUGUAAAAAUUAAGUUGUCAGUGUCUAUGUCAAAUUUACUCCAUCAGAAUAUCGGCGGGGGUGGGGUGGGGGCGGUGACCCAUAGUUUUCAAAACUCUCCUACCUGUUCUGACAAGUUAAGUUUGGGAACCACUUCUUCAGGCACUGUAUUUGUUACAAAGGGGGCUGAAAACUUCGAUCUCUUAGGCUUGUUGCUAAUGGCUGACUAGAAUGCUUCUGCUGAGAAGAGUUUGAAGUAAAAGUUUUCCGUUAAUUGUGUGGAGUUUGGAUCGAAAAGCUGGACUGUUUACUCUGGUCUUACUAAAGCAUCUGCUAGAGUUGUGGUUAGAAAUGUUUCAGGUAGGUGUUUCAAGUCGCUUUAAGUGGAGUAGUAGUACUCCACUGAAAUAUUUGAGAUUGUUACCUAAGGGGCAGAUGCAUGUAAUUGAUUACUUUUUUCCUUCUGUUCUUUAACUCAUGCAACAGUGUGGAGUUUUGCUUUUGGAGAUUUGGAGAUUGCUGCGGAAAAAUGGAUGCCCUCCUUUUGUGUGCAUCUCCCCCAUUGUACUUUUUUCCCCCAAACCUUUAUCUUUCUUUUUCAACAUUUGAUAACUUUGAUAACAUUCUUUUUUUUUUUCCUUUUUAAGACAGAAUCUCAAUUUGUUGCCCUGGCUGGAGGGCAGUGGCGCGAUCUCAGCUCACUGCAACCUACUCCUCCCGCUUUCAAGUGAUUCUCCUUCCUCAGCCUCCCGGGUAGCUGGGAUUACAGGCUCAUGCUGCCACGCCUGGCUAAUUUUUUGUAUUUCAGUAGAGACAGGGUUUCACCGUGUUGCGCAGGCUGGUCUAGAACUCCUGAGCUCAGGCGGUCCACCCACCUCGGCCUCCCAAAGUGCUAGGAUUACAGGUGUGAGCCACUGCGCCCGGCCUUGAUAACAUUCUUAAAGAUUAAACAUGAUAUGUUCUCAGCACUAUUGCUGGCCACUUAAGUAUAAAGUGUGAUCAGAGUUAAUCUAUCACUGGAGUGUAUAUAUCAGAUGCUAUUUCCAGUCAUAUAACCUUAUAUUUUCCCUUAGAUUUGUCACCUUCAAAAAGCAAAUGCUUGUUUUUGAAGCAGAGUCACUAUAAAUGGGGGAAUAUUGAAAUAAUGCUUGCCCCUUUAAAUUUCAGCUUUUCUUUUUGCUGUUUAGUUUUUAGGUAAGGUUUUUUUGUUGUUGUUAUUUGUUUUGUUUUUCCACUUCUUCUCUGUGCCUACUGCACACAGAGGAAGAGGGCAAAUUUUAGGUAUAUCUUAAAAAAAUGUUACAAAAAACAGCUUGUAUUCGUCAGUCACUGGAGACUUAGUGUGACUAUCUUAAAACUUGACCCGACUGAGCAACUGCUGCUGCCGCCACCACUGUCACAAUGUCAGGUUCUGGUCUCAGCCACCCUCCACUGUCCAGGGCCCCUCUGUCUUCGCCGUGGGACCCUAGCUCCCUGCCAGCCCCAGUCCUAGCACCAUGUUGGAGAAAAGCAUGGAGGCAGUGGCUGAGUUGGGCACCAAGGACCUGAAGGAGAAGGUGGAGGAGGAGGCAAGCCAGAAACAGCAAAAGAAAGAAGUGGUGGAGGAGGAGGAGAACGGGCCCGAAGAGGAAGAAGGAGAUGAUGAAGGGCCCGAGCUGAAGAGAGCUGCCGAAGAGGAGGAUGAACCGGAUCCCUAGCAGUAGAAGACAGAAUGGGGCAUCGGCAUGACCGCCUGCCAACAGGCUGGGGAUGGGAGGCCUCUCUCAGCCUGGAGGUUGGGGUGGGAACAGACAAGUCCAGCCCCUCUUCGCCUGGCUCCUUGCUAUGGGCCCUGCACCAGAGCCGCCACCCUCUUCUUUCUCCCCAGCUUUCUCAUUUCCACCUCUCCAGACACUGACCCCUCCACCCUCACUCUACCGUUGUUCCACCUCCUGACCUACUCCAUCUGAGCUCCCCAGCUGGCCCCCAGUUGCUCCUCUCUCUUUGUUUUCUUCUUGCCUCCCUCCCGCUCCCCCCACCCUCUGGUAGCCUCUCCUGCCUAACCUCUGCAUCCCCUAGUCUCAUGUCCUGCCUCAUCCCUAUCCUGCCUGGGAUCUCCCUCAGAUCCCCUCCUCUAAGACAGCGCCAGA